UGUCUGUGGGAGUGGUCUCGUGCAGGUCACGUGCCACGGCCCUUUGUUGAUGUGUUUCAGCAGAAAAAACUGAAAGAGUCCCGGUCAGAGGCAGCGGCCGUUCCGUCCAGUCUGCGCGGCGCUCACCGUCUCCUCUUCGGUCUGGAUGCAGCAGGGAGCCGCUCCGGAGCUGCUGCGGUUCUGCUCGGGUUUCCCGGCCGGUUUGGGAUCGAGGCGGCGGGGCUGGGGGAUGGAGGCUGAGGCCGGGCUGUGAGCGGAGGGGUGGGGGUCGCUGCGUGGAGCCCCAGGCCGUGAGCUGCUUUGUUGUCCCGGGUCGCAGCCCUGCUCCCGGCUUUGUCCUCUUCGCUCCGGCAUGGAUCCGCGCCGCUGAGCGGGGGAGGGAUCCGGGCCGCUCCGAAGGAUUUGGUUCCAUAGAAAGGGAUUUUUCUGUCAUUUCUUCCCGUUUGUUGUUCGUCUCCAUUCAUCCCCCCUCCCCAUCAAUCCAUCAUGGCUCCACCGCCCCGCUUCUCCGGGUUCUACUGUCUGCUGGUUCUGCUGCUCCUCCACGCCGCCCGGGGCUCCUUCCCCCGCGCCGGGGGAUCGGACUGCGGCCCCGGGAAAGACUGCCCAGGCUUGUCAGAGAAGAAGAGCGACCUCCGGGUGUGCGACACCAUAACAUGUCGCUUUGGAGGAACCUGCCGGGAAAAUGGAGCAGAGAUCAAAUGUGUCUGUCACUUCCAGUGUCGAAAGGACUACAAGCCUGUGUGCGGCUCCAACAAAGACACGUACCAGAACGAGUGUUACCUGAGGAGAGCCGCGUGCAAGAAGCAGACAGCCAUCAGCAUCGUGUCCGAGGGACCCUGUUACCAUGAUGCUGGCUCGGGAUCCGGAGAUGGAGACGAUGAAGGGUCCGGCCGUGGAAAGAAAACCUCCAAAUGCGGAAACUGCAAGUUUGGAGCCGAAUGUGAUGAAGACUCCGAGGACAUGCUCUGCAUGUGCAACAUUGUGUGCAAUGGCCACACCAACAACCCUGUGUGCGGCAGCAAUGGCGUCACGUACGACACGCCCUGCCACAUGCGCGAGGCGUCCUGCCUCAAACAGCUGAAGAUUGACAUGAAGCACGUUGGACGCUGCCAAGAUAAAAGCAGGAAGGACGACAGCAUGAGGACCAAACCUGACAUCUACGCUGUUAUGAACCCUUCAGAGGGGGAUGGGUUUCCAGAUAACCCCGCCCCUUGUCCUGAUGACUACGCCCAGUUCUGUGAACACGGCCAGUGUGAGAUGAGACACAGCCUGCCCACCUGCAGGUGUGAUGCGGCGUACGGCGGCCCCCAGUGCGACCAGCUGCUGGACUUCAACAUUCUCUAUGUGGUGCCCAGCGGUCAGAAGAUGCACUACGUCCUCAUCGCUGCCAUCAUCGGCGCUGUUCAGAUCGCUGUGAUCGUUGCCGUGGUGAUGUGCUUCACCAGGAGGUGCAACAAGGCGAAGCGCGGCCGCAGACAGAAGCAGCACCUGGGCCACUUUCCUUCAGGAACUUCCUCCAGGAUGAUGUAGUUUCUGCUCUUUUUAUAAACUCCAGUUUUGGUACCGCACAGACUGACUGCAGUUUUUUAUCGCCUCUCUGGUGCCUAUUUACGUUUCCCUUCUUUAAAGCUGGAUCUGACAGUUCUGAAGGGGCCUUAUUUGGGUUCUGUUAGGUCUGGGUAGGCGACUCGAUCCGGUCCAUCCUCUCCGACAGGAACAGAACCUUCAACUGGCUUCCAGAGCUGUCUUUGAUGUUCGCCCUGCGAAGGUCACCUUUUGAAGCUCAAACUCCACUUCUCUGGUCUGGAUGAUCCAAACCCAUCAGCCAACCGAUCAGCAACCCAAACAACCCAGGAAAUUAGUGGUUCAGGUUUGAGGGCCAAAACAGAUUUUAUGUGGAUUCCCAGGUGUUGCUGAUAUGAUUAUAGAAAGUUCUGGUUCGUCAUCUACAGGACUGUGUCAGAUUCUGGAUCUGGAUGUGUGUCAUUGAAGAACAUGUCUGGUUUCAGAGCUGGAACCAGCUGAGGCUGGAGGAAGCUGCUCCUCCUUUAGCCCAGAUCCGGAGCAUUGGCACACUUCUGCAGAUAUAGCCGAAUGUGGCGUAAGGUUGAUUCAGAACCCAGACGGGCCUCAUCAGAACCUCACAGGAAAAAAAACAUGAAACUCUCAAAUCCUGAUUGUUCAUGAUUCUCUACAAACUGAACCAUAAACACGAAAAUGAAACUUCCAGAGGAUUCCAAUGAAGCAUUGCUGCUGGCUUUGCUUCGGCUCACCUCAUUUGUCAUUACGCCUUUGGCCCCCAGAGGGCGCUCUGGCAGGGCCGUGCUGGUUGCCUUUCACAGGGUGGAAGUCACGUCGUUUUUAUUUGAGUGUUGGUUGUGGAUGAAAUGCACCUGAAAACCAAAAUGCUGUUUUUUUACUGCUUCACAAACUGUACAGGUUAGAAUGAGUUGUUGCUUUUUUCCCCCAUGAUGCCAUAAUGGAAAUGCAUUUCAGCAGGUUUUUGUUUUUUUUGGAGGAAGGGGGUGUGUUUUUUAUUAUGAUGUGUAUCGAUGGUACGACUUGUUCCUGUUGGUUGUUGUUUCGUGGUAGAAGAAGUAGAAGGUCGGGGGUGGGGACGAGGGCGCCCAUGCAGGAGUGCAGCCUGACCUCACCGUAGGUGUUGCGUACUGCAUGAUACCGUGAUGUUGUUGUGUAGUCUGUGCUGUAGCCAAAGUAGAAUUAAAUUAUGACAUUUGAA